AUGAAUGAGGCUAAUGCUCUUCGCCGCGUUGCGAAACACACAUCUAUCCCGGCCCCUCGGCUAAUCGAUUUCACUCAAGAUAGCGAUAGGACUGGGUUUAUGCUCAUGACGAAAGUAACCGGAUACCCAGCAGAAAAAACUUACUAUCUCAUGACAUACGAAGAGCGAGAACAACUUACAAGGGACCUUGGGAAAUGCAUCUCCCAGUACCGUCGUAUCAAAAACCAUAAUGAAAGUCUCAUCUGCAACACAAUUGGUGGGCCGAUUACGGACCGCAGGACGGAUGAUAUUCCGUAUGGACCAUAUAUGUCCAAGACUGCCAUGUUGGAUGAUCUUACUGGAGGGCUAGAGGAGAUCAGGAAAGACAAGCCGCUCUCCAUGCUGUAUGAAAAGGAGCACGGAAUUUGCUUCACGCACGCUGAUUUACAUUUAUCCAAUAUCUUUCUUGAUGGCGGUCGACUCUCUGGUAUCAUUGAUUGGGAGAAUGCAGGAUUUAAACCCGAAUACUGGGAGUAUACUGCAGCAAUGUGGCCGUACAUGGUUAUGGGCCAACGCUUUCGCUUCGUCGCACCCCGACGUCGUGAGCGACUUAACUGGUAUUGCAAGCCUGGCGAAAUCCUCCUCGGUGAAUCUGCCACGGACAUCGUCACUCUCUUUGCUAGGCCCGUUGUACCUAAAUCUCAUGGCUCGAGGGCUAAAGCCACAGACAGCUGGCUAGAAAAUCCAUAUCUCAUCCGCCAAAAGCUAGUCACUCCACAGAAAAGACUACGGCGACAGUCAGACUUGGGUGUUGCUACAUAUACUCCCUCCUACGUCGAUGACACUCAGUCUCAUACCCUAGAGCUUCCAGAUGAGAUCCAUAAGACACCAUCUCACUCCAAUGACACACGGUCUCGGCUCUUGGAACUGCCAGUCGAGAUACAUCUUCUUAUUUUCGAAUCUCUGGGCCUUGAAGAUGCCUUUCGUUUGGGCACCAGCUGCCAGUAUUUCUGGGGAGUCUUGAAGCCUCUAACUGCACGACGCUUUGCAGGCGAAUUUGGCAUCUGGGCCGGAACACCUGUUGUCUGUGUCAGUAAUAGAUGUGAACCAGGUGGAGAUGCUGCUUAUCCCAAAGGACUGCUGUCCGCCGAUGAUGUUAUAGAGCUAGAGCAAGGGCUAUUGAAAAGUGAACUGCUAGAAGAUAUUCGGCCAGAGAAAGAUGGAUACGAUGGUCCAGCAAAUCUCUACUCCAUGGCCAUGUAUCGAUACUCAAGGGUCACCGAGCAGACAUUUACAGAAGGAUUCAUCCCUUCACUACUUCGCCCUGCUGCCGAGUCCAUGCAGGAUAUACCUUGCCCGCCGGAUGUACGUGAAGUAGCACGCCUACGGCCCUUUGAUUUCUAUCCUACAACUCGGGAGUGGGUUCUCAGAAAUCUAACAACCCGUGAAUUUGUCCGCCCAACGGCGGUCGCUUUACGUGAAGACCUUAUUCACGGCCCAUUCAUCGACAUACUAGGGUACGGAGAAAUUAUUCUCUCUAAAACUUGUUGGUCACCGGGAAUCUAUAAAGGAGUCUGGGCAGGACACGCCCUUGAUAUCGUUCCCUCUACAUACUUAAACGACGAUGGGCUAUGGAAGGAUAUUAGCCGCCAGGUUGCUGGGGAACUCAUGGAUAUUUGGGGGCGGGGGUAUGGUAAUGAUUGGAAAAGCCGUAUCAUCGAGUCUAAUGUGCAACGCGCCAGCGUCAACCUUGCUAGCUUUAGAUUCGAGUCGUGA